AUGCUUUAUGACUUUCAUAGCUAUCAAAAUGCGCAAAAAGCCAACUCUGUCCACGCGACAUACCUAAUUUAUGGCACCAAAACUCCAGAAAAAGAUGAAUCUGAUGGCGAUGUUGAGAUGUCAGGCUCAUCGCCCGAGGAACCCCUUUCAGAUGAGGUUCCGACUUCCACACUGACUCUGGCUCGGGAAGAAGAGCUGAACGAUAUUCUAGCUGCCUAUGAGCAGGUAGUUUCGAUCCACGUUUACAGUCUUUCACCUCAUCCCCAAAAAGACCUUUCUCUCCUGUCAGAUGUGGCAUCCCAACUCUCGGAGUAUUCAUCAAAUGGGGACAUCACUGCCGCAUCUAAGAAGUAUGGCGUUAUUAGUAACCCGAACGCCCGAAGGAGAGAACGGACGGUCCGGCCUCUAGCCUCCACUUCAGCUCCCUCUCAGGCCGUCAGGAAAGAGCCUGCUGCAUCAAAGCCAACAUCCAAGACAACUGUCAAGCAAGAAACGUCAACGGUGAAGCCUGAGGCAAAGCAAAUCAAGUCUGCGAAACAGGAGUCUUCAGCUCCAUCGUCCAAGGAGGGAACACCUGCUCCAAGUGGCGGGAAGAAGCCAGCGCCAUCUCUUAAACGAGGAGUAUCUGGCGGUAUCAUGCAAUCAUUUGCAAAAGCGGCUGCACGACCACCUAAACCCAAGCCUGGCGCCAAGAAGGAAGAGGACACAACGAUGGCUCUCUCUGAUGACGGUGAGGCAGAUGACUCUGAUAUCGUGGCAACCAAGUCAAAGUCCACUAUAGAUUCUACCGAUAUCAAGCGAAAGCGUCAGGAACGUGAGGAUGCACUACGAAAAAUGAUGGAAGACGAUGACGAGGAAGAGGAGAAGGAAGAGUCCGACAAGGAGUCCGAGCAGGCCGACGAAGAGAUGGAAGAAGCACCAGAGCCUGAGCCAGAGCCCGAGGCCACAAAGGAAGAGAGCGAACCAGCAGAAGUGAUCUCGGGCACUGGUGAUGGACGCAGGAGGGGUAGAAGACGCGUGAUGAAGAAGAAGCGAAUCCUUGACGAUCAAGGAUAUAUGGUUACCAUCCAAGAACCUGGCUGGGAAUCCUUUUCUGAGGAUGAAGCUCCCCCAGUGACCAAAAAGGCAGCCCCUGCUCCUACACCUACACCAUCAUCAUCUACAGGCUCCAAAUCAAAGAAACCGGCGCCCAAGGGACAGGGCAACAUCAUGUCAUUCUUUUCGAAGAAGUAG